GUGCAGGGCUCCACCAUGGCAGAGCGCAGGGGAAACUGGGAAAAGGCAGAGGACGACCUGCCAGUUUAUCUCGCCCGACCCGGCACGGCCGACCAGGUGCCCCGUCAGAAAUACGGCGGCUUGUUUUGCAACGUCGAGGGCGCAUUUGAGAGUAAAACCAUAGACUUUGAUGCCCUGAGCGUCGGACAGAGGGGCUCCCGCACCCCGAGGACCGCCAAACGAGAGACCGGUCAGGAGGCGAGGAGCCCGGCGUGUGACAGCAGGAGCUCCCCUGGUGUGGAAAGUCCCGCAGCAAACAAGCAAAGCGGGAAAGACUCACCCCGGGUUGAGAUCAGAACCUGCGGCGGUAAAGAAGUGUUGCAAAACCUGGGAGAUGAAAAGAGUGACCGGCUUCUGAUCAAAGGCGGGAGGAUUGUGAAUGAUGACCAGUCCUUCCAUGCCGAUAUCUACAUGGAGGAUGGCGUUAUUAAGCAGAUCGGCGAUAUGAUCGUGCCUGGUGGGGUGAAGACCAUCGAGGCCAACGGAAAGAUGGUGAUCCCUGGUGGCAUUGACAUCCACACCCACUUCCAGAUGCCGUACCGUGGAACCACAACCGUAGACGACUUCGCACAGGGAUCAAAGGCUGCUCUUGCUGGGGGCACGACCAUGAUCGUGGACCAUGUGAUCCCAGAGCCCGGUAGUAGCCUGAUGGAGGCCUAUGACCAGUGGAGGCAGUGGGCCGAUGAAAAGGCCUGCUGCGACUACUCCUUCCACGUAGAUAUCACCCACUGGAACGACAGCAUAAAGCAGGAGGUGGAUAACCUCAUCAAGGAGAAAGGUGUGAACUCAUUCCAGGUCUACAUGGCUUACAAGGAUUACUACCAAAUGAGCAACAGUGAGCUCUAUGAUGUCUUUACCUUCUUGGCAGAGAGGGGAGGCAUCGCUCAGGUCCAUGCUGAAAAUGGCGAGAUCAUCGCUGAGGAGCAGGCCCGCAUGCUGCAGAUGGGUAUCACUGGGCCAGAGGGACACGUGUUGAGCAGGCCAGAAGAGCUGGAGGCGGAGGCAGUGUUUCGUGCCAUCACCAUCGCCAGCCAAACCAACUGUCCUCUCUAUGUGACCCGAGUCAUGAGCAAGAGUGCUGCUGACAUCAUCUCACAGGCCCGGAAAAAAGGGAAUGUUGUGUUUGGGGAGCCAAUCACGGCCAGCCUGGGGACUGAUGGGACGCAUUACUGGAGCAAGAAUUGGGCCAAGGCUGCUUCUUUUGUAACAUCACCUCCUCUCAGCCCUGAUCCCACCACUCCAGACUAUCUGAACACACUGUUGUCCAGUGGAGACCUGAGUGUUACUGGCAGUGCUCACUGCACCUUCAGUGUGUCCCAGAAGGCCAUUGGCAAGGAUGACUUCACUCAGAUCCCAGAGGGUGUCAACGGUGUGGAGGAGAGGAUGACCCUCAUUUGGGAUAAAGCUGUGACUACAGGUAAAAUGGAUGAGAACAUGUUUGUGGCAGUCACCAGCACCAACGCAGCUAAGAUCCUGAACCUGUACCCUCGUAAGGGUCGGAUCGCCGUGGGCUCUGAUGCUGCUGUCAUCUGGGACACAGACUCCAUCCGCACCAUCACUGCCAAGACACACAAUUCGGUUGCAGAGUACAAUAUCUUUGAGGGCAUGGAGCUGCGUGGAGCCCCACUAGUGGUGAUUUGCCAGGGGAAGAUUAUUCUGGAAGACGGGAACCUGCAUGUCACUUCCGGUGUGGGUCGCUUCAUUCCCUGCACUCCCUUCCCUGACUUUGCCUACAAGCGUGUUAAAGCCAGGAAGCAGCUGGCGGUCUUGAGGGCUGUUCCCAGGGGAAUGUACGACGGCCCGGUGUCUGAAUUCUCCAUGUCCCGUGGUGGUACCCCCUCGGCCUCUGCACGUACAUCUCCCACCAAACAGCCUGUCAGAAACCUGCACCAGUCCGGAUUUAGUCUAGCAGGUAACCCUGCACCAUGCGCUCCCCCCACCCCAGAUGACAUCCCAAUCAGGCCUGCUGGCCGGCGUAUUGUAGUGCCCCCUGGUGGUCGUUCCAACAUCACAUCACUCAGUUAAACAGCAGGACAACAAGGGGACGCAUUCAGAAAACGACAGCAGACAGAGUGCAGGAUCCCCGGAGGGAGGGUAAAGGGGAGGGUAAAGGGGAGGGUAAAGGGGAGGGGUGGGGGGGGAAGGAGGAGAUGCAGAGGACCAUGAUUAGUUAAAGUUAAAAGAGCAAAACACCGAAUCCUCAUGCCUUACCUGUCACAAUGCUACCUUGCUCAGAUGAGAACAGUAUCCCUUUUCCUGGGGAUUUUGGACUAGACUGUUGUACUGAAGUGCUUUGGAAUUGCUACUAAAGAAUAAGACCCGCCCUAGCCUCACUUCUUUUCAGUAUAGAAUACACCACAAAUACGGUGAGAACAUGUGCACUUGGUGCUUUGGUAAUAGGAAAAUACACCAGUAAAACUGCACACCAUCACAUUAAAGAAAGAAAACAAACUGUGUUCUCAAAGGAAAAUGGAUACCAGUCUUUCUCAGAAUGAUGCUAUGGUUCUUUCAUCCUGUUUGGCUUUCAAUGUCACCCCAUUUUCAGUAGCCUGCUUUCUCCAUAGUCAGCUAAACGUAACAGUAGAUCUCACAUUAGCCAUGUAUUACCAUGCAGUACCGUUGAUUAGCUCUAGGUGGCAUUGUAUAUAUGAUAGAUGUAAUGUAGCUUUGUGAAUGAUGUUGUUGCAUCCUGUUUGGGUUUACUGGACCAAGUAACAGGUAUUUAUCAAAUCUUAGAGCAGGAGUGCUGUUUGACAUGGAGCUGCAUGGGCCACAUUGACAGGGGUGACGUGAUCCAUGAUCCUUCUGCGCCCCUUCUCUGAGGUGCUUGAUGAAUACCAUCCCCAUGAUGUAUUGAUUGCAUAAUUAUUGAUGUUUAAAAAAGGAUGAUGAAGACACAUCUGCUUAAGAAAAGAAUGUGUGAAGACAAAAGAAUAGAAAAAAAUAAACAUUGGAAAUGGUUUUACUAUGCCAGUUUUUAUUUCCUGUUCUCCGUUAUGGCUCUAUUAUAAAGAACAUUGUAAGAAUCCGUCCUUUGCAUUUGCUCCUACCUUAUUGCCUGUUCCUGUCACCCUGAAAUCAUCUUGAGAAGGAAGAUGGAGGAAAAAAGAUAUAAAAACCUGUUCACCAGUAGUACGAAUAACUCACUUGUCCCUUGUAGUUCAACCGUAACUUGUAAUGAAGAGCUUUGCAAUUGAGGGCAAAUGGAAAAAAAGGACAAAAGCAGAUGCAAUGAAAUUAAUAAGUAACAAAAACCUGCUUUCAGAUAACAGCACCUCACCUCUGGCUUUACUUUUUCAUUGCUGACAAACGCGGCCCUCAUUUUGUAGGAAAAGAGGAAGACCAUCAUUCCCUGUGGGUCCAAUCAAGUUUACCUGAAACACUCUGGAUCUGAUUGUGUUGGGGGGGUGGGGGGGCUUAGAGAUCUUUGUUGUGUGUCCGCUGUUUUCUGACAAGGCAGAGGAUUGCGGUGCAGUAAGGGAAGCUUUUAUUUUGUCUCUGUCCCACUUGGGGAGGGGGGGAGGAGAUGGCGUUUUUUAUUUGGCAGUGAUGUGGCAGAAUCUGAAGCAGGCACAAGUGGUGGUUAUUUGUAUUUAUGUUAGUUUGACAACCUUUAUGAUUGUUUUUAUGUUGUUUCUUUUUUUACUGUAUCAAAACCCAGAGUUGGCAGGUCAAAAAAAGGUGUGUUGUGGAGGUAUGAUUUGUUUCCUGAAUAAACACGAGUUGCAACUGA